AUCUCGACGAGCUUUGACGACCUCUCCGAAGAAGACUACCUGCUGAUCGAGAUGAAAGACUCGGGCAAAGGGUGGGAAGAGAUCCGGGCGGCAUGGCGCGACCUCACAGGGCAAGAGACGGCGAAGUCCACGCUGCCGAACCGUUACUCCCGUCUCAAGGCCAACUUGUCAAACCUCUCGGACCAGGACCUGCAGAAUCUUGUUGACGCGAAGGCGGAGGUCGAGCUCGAGUUCGAGCAGGAGAUGUGGGGGCGCAUUCAGCAGCGCAUGGCGGAGAAGGGC